AUGGAGCAGUGUGUGAAGUUUCUAGACCAUCAAUAUGCCAAUACUCAAAAAAACCACUGCCUGCAAAAAGCUGUGACUUUUUUAGCUUAUCAUGAUCCUUUGGAAAAAGCUCUGGCUGGCACCGCCCUGAGUCUCCCUCUCCUCACAGCUGCUGUCCUUGGGCUCUUUGUGAAGCACCGAGACACUCCCAUAGUCAAGGCCAACAACCAGGCUCUCAGCUAUACCCUGCUCCUCGCCCUCACCUUCUGUUUCCUCUGCUCCUUGCUCGUCAUUGGCCGUCCCAACACAGCCAGCUGCAUCCUCCAGCAGACCACAUUUGCAGUUGUCUUCACUGUGGCUGUUUCCACUGUCUUGGCCAAAACCAUUACUGUGGUGCUGGCCUUUAAGGGCACUGCUUCAGGCCAAAGGGUGAGGUGGCUGCUGGUAUAGGCCACCAAUUACAUCAUCCCCAUCUGCUCCCUGAUCCAACUCACUCUUUGUCAUGUCUGGAUGGGCACAAAUCCACCCUACAUCAACACAAAUGCACACUCUGAGCAUGGCCACAUCAUCAUCAUGUGCAACAAGGGCCCCCUCACUGCCUUGUACUGUGUCCUGGGAUACCUGGGCUCCCUGGCCCUGGUCUGCUUCACUGUGGCUUUCUUGGCCAGGUACCUGCCUGACACCUUCAAUGAGGCCAAGUUCCUGACAUUCAGCAUGCUGCUGUUCUGCAGUGUGUGGGCCACCUUCCUCCCCGUGUACCACAGCAGCAAGGGGAAGGUGAUGGUGGCCAUGGAGGUCUUCUUCAUCUUGGCCUCUGGUGCAGGGCUUCUGGGCUGCAUCUUUGCCCCCAAGUGCUACAUUAUUUGUUAA